GUCUUGGAUUGGUCUGCCGCAGUGUGCUUUGCUUUGAAAAAAAAAAUCCCAUAGUAAAAUGUCGGGCAAUACACUCUUUUCGUACUGGAAAUUUAGACGGCAGGCGGAAGAAACUUUUCGCAGUUCGUCACGCCGGCUCCGGCAGAAUAUAGAGUCGUUGCAGUGCACACUUUUGCAGGAUUUCGGCACGGGCAUCGGAGCAGGCGGCAGUGUUAGGCUCGCAAGCUACAAAAAGUACACCUGCGACCAGUGUCUGCGUAAGUUUGUGCACGAGAGUGGUCUCGCUCGGCAUGUUGCAAAAUUUCACCCGGACGUGUCGACGAACGUGGAGCCGCCGACGGGGCAGCAGCAGCAGCAUCCGGAACUCCCGGCUACCGUCUGCAGUGACUCGAAGCCAACGCCGGCGUCCGAAGCGUACAUCGAUGCGGUGGUAAAGUGCCGGCACAGCGGCGCAAUCUUUCCCUCCGCCGAGCAGUACCUGUGCCACGCCAUGCGCUACAAGUUCUGGGAGCAGCUGUUCGCGGCCGAGCCGGAGGAACGCGAACGCCCGGCCGUCCUGCUGCGUCGGCAGUUUUCCAUCGUCGCCGUGCACACCGUCCUUCGCUGCGAGUACUGUGACGCGUGCUUUUCCGACUGUGCCGGGCUGUUCGCGCACGAGUCGCAACACUCGCCGACCGGCGGCUUCUGGUGCACGUUCUGUCGGCUUCACUUCCCGACGCUGACCGAUGUGCUGGCCCAUCGGGCAGAGUGUCUGGAGGGGAGCAGCUUCAUCGGGUGCCACUUCCAGAACGUGCAGCUGCAGUACUGCUGCAACGUGUGCAUGGCCCUGUUUGCGACGCUGCCCGAGCUGUACGCCCACCGGUACGACGAGAUUCACAUCUUCCCCCGCCGAAUGGCCCGGGCAAAGGGGCAAACGGGCGGCUACGGCGGGCUGUGGGUGUCCUGCGAGCUGUGCGUGUUUGUGUGCGAUCACAUCGAGCUGCUGCUGGUGCAUCGGGCCGAAUGCCAUCCCGGCGGGGCGGUGACAAACAAACCGCCUACAAUGGCGGCACCAUCGCCAUCGGCGGGAAAUCCACCGAAGCAGAGGCAGCAGCAGCAGCAACAGUUGGCAGCACCGAAACGCCCGGAGGGAGAAGAAUCGAGCAACGAGCGGCCAUAUCUCUGCGAAAAGUGCGGCAAAACGUACACCCAGUCGAGCCAUCUGUGGCAGCAUCUGCGCUUUCACAACGGAGUGCGCCCGUUCGCCUGCGAUCGGGACGGGUGCUCGCGCCGGUUCACGAUACGGCCCGAUCUGAGCGAUCACAUCCGGAAGUGCCACACCGGGGAGCGCCCGUACGAGUGCAACGUGUGCCACAAGCGUUUCCUGACCGGAUCGGUGUACUAUCAGCACCGGCUGAUCCAUCGCGGCGAGCGGCGGUACGGCUGUCCGGACUGUGAUCGGCGCUUCUACCGGGCCGACGCACUGAAGAACCACCAGCGCAUACACACGGGCGAGAAGCCGUACGAGUGUGGCCACUGUGAGCGCAAGUUCCGGCAGCGGGGCGAUCGCGAAAAGCACGUGCGCGUGAAGCACAAGAAGUUUUGCAAAUGAGGCGACGGUGCGGUUUGAUUUGUUUGCACCGUUUUGCGCACACUGUUCCUGUUUUAUUUAUGUUAACACGAUGUUUGCUUGUUUGUGUUUGUUCGCUAUGGCGCAAUUAAUUUAUUUUAGCUUGUAACACAAUACCGCCAAAUAGAGGUGGUAGAGUGGAGAAUAGAGAAUCAAAUAAAAUAUUUAUCAAUUUUCGUUUCCGACUGUUUGAAGUAAUCGUAGUAGCCAUUUUCUUUUGUGAGUAGUGGUGGGAGCCCGGAAUCGGACCAA